UCCCCUUCAAGCCUCUCGCUCGCUCAGAAUCGUGCUCCGAGGGCUGUGCGAACGCUUCCGGGUCGCGCGGCGCCAGCCCCACGAGUCAUGUGAUUCCGAAAUGGCAGAACCGCGGUAGCUUGCUCUGCGUUGUGGCGUCCGAAGAGUCGCGACGGUUUCUGCUCUCAGGCCUGGGGGCGGCAGCGCGCGUCUGGUCCCGGCGGCGGGCCGUAUCCCUGCGUUAGGUACCGGUUCAGGGCUGGGGCUGUUGCUGUCACAGUGGGUUCCGGGGAAGUGCCGGUGACCUCGCUGCAGGCCCCCUGCGCUGGCCGCGCUCACCCGAGGAGGAGGAGGAGGAGCAGGACAACCGGCCUCCCAGGUCUUAUGCACCUGCGGAGUACAUGAGGCUUCCGUGGGCCCUGGAGGAGCUACACCUCUGAGGGGGCUGUGGGAGUUCCACUGGUGUAUUAAAAGUAUUCUACGUUUGACGGCGCAAAGAAGAUAGCAAGGAGUUUGCUUCAUCCUCCAGAGGCCGGCUUCCACGCGUUCUUUCCCACUUCCUCUCAAUGUUCUCUUCAUAUAUCUGGAAAUAUGAUCAGCGCCCCUGACGUUGUGGCCUUCACUAAAGAGGAAGAGUACGAGGAGGAGCCUUACAAUGAGCCGGCCCUGCCGGAGGAGUACUCGGUGCCUCUCUUACCCUUCGCCAGCCAAGGGGCCAACCCAUGGUCCAAACUGUCCGGGGCCAAGUUCUCCCGGGACUUCAUCCUUAUUUCCGAGUUCUCCGAGCAGGUGGGCCCGCAGCCAUUGCUGACUAUCCCCAAUGAUGCCAAAGUUUUUGGUACCUUUGAUCUCAAUUACUUCUCCUUGCGGAUCAUGUCUGUGGAUUACCAGGCCUCCUUCGUGGGCCAUCCCCCUGGUUCUUCCUACCCGAAGCUGAACUUCGUGGAGGAUUCUAAGGUGGUACUGGGAGACUCCAAGGAGGGAGCCUUUGCGUACGUGCACCACCUUACCCUAUACGACCUGGAGGCCCGUGGCUUCGUGAGGCCCUUUUGCAUGGCUUAUAUCUCCGCCGACCAGCACAAAAUCAUGCAGCAGUUCCAGGAGCUUUCAGCUGAAUUUUCUAAAGCUUCUGAAUGCUUGAAGACAGGCAACAGGAAGGCAUUUGCUGGGGAACUUGAAAAAAAACUGAAAGACUUGGAUUACACCAGGACAGUGCUGCACACUGAAACUGAGAUCCAGAAGAAAGCCAAUGACAAAGGCUUUUACUCUUCUCAGGCAAUUGAGAAAGCCAACGAACUUGCUAGUGUAGAGAAAUCCAUCAUUGAACAUCAAGAUCUCCUGAAGCAGAUCCGUUCAUACCCUCACAGGAAGCUGAAAGGGUCUAAUUUGUGUUCUGGGGAGAUGGAGCCCACUCAGGAUCAGGCUGACCAGGCAGCCACUACCUCUAACCCUGAUGAAUGUGCUGACACUGACCUUUACACCUGCAGACCUGCCUACACCCCAAAACUCAUUAAAGCGAAGUCUGCCAAGUGUUUUGACAAGAAAUUGAAAACCCUGGAAGAGCUCUGUGACACUGAGUAUUUCACCCAGACCCUGGCUCAGCUCAGCCACAUUGAGCACAUGUUCAGAGGAGAUCUGUGCUACCUCCUUACCAGCCAGAUUGACAGAGCACUCCUAAAGCAACAGUACGUAACAAACUUCCUCUUUGAAGACUUUGUGGAGGUUGAUGACAGGGUGGUAGAAAAACAAGAGAGCAUACCUACUAAGCCCAGUCAGGGCAGGCCACCAUCCAGGUCUCUGGAACAAUGUCCAAUUCCUCAAGUGUUAAUCAGCUUUGGCUCUUACAAGUCCAGUGUAGAGUCUGUGGUAAUCAAGAUGGAGCAGGAACUUGGAGAGGAGGAGUGCAAGGAAGUAGAGGUGACAGAAUUGAGCAGUUUUGACCCCCAGGAAAACGUGGACUACCUGGAUAUGGAUAUGAAAGGGAGUAUUAGCAGUGGUGAAAGCAUAGAAGUUUUAGGCACGGAGAAGUCCACCUCUGUGCUAUCCAAGUCUGACAGCCAGGCCAGUCUUACCGUGCCGUUGAGCCCCCAGGUGGUCCGGAGCAAAGCCGUCAGCCACAGGACAAUCAGUGAGGACAGUAUUGAAGUCCUCAGCACCUGCCCCUCUGAGGCCCUCAUCCCUGAUGACUUUAAGGCCAGCUACCCAAGUGCCAUUAACGAAGAAGAAUCAUAUGCAGAUGAUAGUGAGGGAGCCAUUCACUUCCAGGCAAGCGUCAGCUCACUGGAGCUGGGUGAAAUGGAGGAGGGCAGCUUAGAAAAUACCCCACCCCAAACAGACUCCUCCUGCUGCAUUGGGAAGGAGAGUGACAGUCUGCAGGUGCCACUCUCCAUUCCAGCCCACACGUUCUUUGACGAGGAUGGAGUGGUGAGCAUCCCUCUGCAGCGCUACAGGCAGAAGGACCAGGGGUUCCAUGUGGACUUUGCAGUGGAAAGCGCCCACCCUUCUUCCAGAGACAAUAGUUCUGAAGGCUUCCCCGCUUAUGCUUACGAACUAGACCCGAGCCACCUGCUGGCCAACCGAGAUGUCAGUAAGACCAGCCUGGACAACAACUCAGACACCACCAGCUAUGUGAGCAGUGUAGCCUCCACCAGCUCGGACAAGACUCCCUUGUCUACUCAUUCUGCUGGCCCCUCUUCCGAGAAACAUAAAAAGAGGGCUGGCCAGAAUGCCUUAAAAUUCAUCCGCCAGUACCCCUUUGCCCACCCAGCCAUCUACUCCCUGCUUAGCGGGAGGACACUCGUGGUCCUGGGGGAGGACGAGUCCAUAGUCAGGAAGCUCGUGACAGCGCUCUCCAUCUUUGUCCCAAACUGUAGCCGUUACGCCAAACCCGUGAAACACUGGGCCUCCUCCCCUUUGCACAUUACGGAUUUUCAGAAGUGGAAGCUUAUUGGCCUGCAGAGAGUGGCGUCCCCUGCCAGUGCUGGCACCCUCCAUGCCCUGGGCCGCUACAGCCGCUAUGUGAGCGUCCUGGACCUGGACAACAAAACCCUGCGCUGUCCCCUCUACAGAGGCACCCUUGUGCCCCGGCUGGCAGACCACCGCACUCAGAUCAGGCGGGGCAGCACCUACUACCUGCAUGUCCAGAGCAUGCUCACCCAGCUCUGCUCCAAGGCCUUCCUCUACGCUUUCUGCCACCACCUGCACCUGCCUGCCCAUGACAGGGAGACAGACGGACUGGUUACCAGCCGCCAGGCAAGCUUCCUGAAGCUGAGCCUGGGUCUGGUGAGUGAAGAUGUUAAAGUUGUCCAGUACCUGGCUGAGCUGCUGAAGCUGCACUAUACGCAGGAGUCUCCUGGAACCAGCCACCCCACACUCAGGUUUGACUAUGUGCGCAGCUUUUUGUACAAAAUCUGAGGUCCCAGCCACUGUGACCAAGGCCUGUGACUCAGGGUACAGGGAGGGGAGGGAUUGGCAUGACCAGCAGUCCUCUGAGCUGUUCAGACUUCUGGUGUCGUCGGUGGGAAGGAAACCAAGGUAGCAGCUGUGGCUCCAGGCAGCUUGUGAGCUGGAUUUGGGCAGGGGUUGGCCUGGCUCUCGCUGAGGACGUCUGUAAGGACAGUAACAGGGCUCUUAGCUUCCUGGGGAGGAGUGCCCUGGGGUCGGGAGUGGGUCACUUGGCUUCCUGAGGACUGGUAGCCGGGGCAGAAGAAAACCACCAGUCCCUCAAUGGGUGAUGAGAUGAGGGGCGUGAGGGUAAAGUCUGGCUGGGGGGAGCAUGCUGGCCACAUUCAGCUCUGCCAAGCACUCGACUGGCAGAAUCAAAAGAAGCAGCCUGUUAACUGGAGUGACUGGUUGGAAAACAGUACCACAGAACAUCCUUUGCCCCAUUCAGACCCUAACUGGCCCAUCCUUGGCCUCUAUGGCCUGUCAUCCCCAGGGGUCCCUGAAGGAGUGAGAAGGUGGGAAAGAAGCUCAGCUGUGGCUGGAGUGGAAAGCACAUGAUCACCAGGCCCCACAGCUGCAGGGAGAGCAAGCAGCCCAUCCUGGCCAUGCGUCCCUACCCUUGGAUGGCUCUGGGGACUCACUUCCUCGGUUAGCAGGAGUGACUGAAGUCAUCACUAGUCUCCAGUUCUGAGAACUGCUUUCAGAGGUGGAGAGCCUGGGAGAUGGGCAGGGCUAGGGUGCCACAAGCCCAUCACCACUGUGCAAGCGAAGUGCCAGCAGACUGUGGGGCCCAGCCCAUCAGCUCUGUCCUCCUGGGGAAGGUCUGCAGACAUGCAGGAGCUCGGCAGAGGUCAUACCCCAUCCUCCACCACGGCAAACCUUUGUAACCACUUCGCUACCUCUCGCAGGUCUGUGGGCGUCUGAGCUCUGUUCGGUUGGCUCAUCUGGGUGGGCACCCAGCUGAUGAUAGGGUGUGGGAGGGUCCCUUCUAGGAGGAGGAAGGCCUCCUGCUGUGGCUGCCUCAGAGGCUGUGCAGCCUGGAAUGUGCACACCUCACCACUACUCACUUCCCACCCUGUCUCCUCACCUAACUCCCACUCCUAGUUCCCCUAAGAAUGUUCCUUUCCCUCCAUGAGUCUCCCUAAGUAUGCUCCCCCACUGAGUACCCCCUUCACGUAAGGAGAGGAUCCAUCAUUCCUGCACCCCUCAUUCACCCACUAUGAUCUGAGGCUCCUUCCACACUUGCCACUGGCAUGCAAAUAGAGGGCUUCUUGCAACCUUGAAGAUUUUUUUUAAAAUUUUUUAUUAAGGUAUGAUCGAUAUACACUCUUAUGAAAGUUUCACGUGAAAAACAAUGUGUUUACUACAUUUACCCAUAUUAUCAGGUCCCCACCCAUACCCCAAUGCAGUCACUGUCUGUCAGUGCAUCAAGUUGCCAGAGAUCCAAUAUGUGCCUUCUCUGUGAUACACUGUUCUCUCCGUGAUCCCCCACACCAUGUGUACUAAACAUAAUACCCCUCAGUCCCCUUCUUCUUCCCUGCCCGCCCUCCCACAUCCCUCCCCUUUGGUAACCCAUGGUUCAUUCUUGGAGUCUCCGAGCCUGCUGCUAUUUUGUUCCUUCAGUUUUGCUUCAUUGUUAUACUCCACAAAUGAGGGCAAUCAUUUGGCAUUUGUCUUUCUACGCCUGGCUUAUUUCACUGAGCAUAAUGUCCUCCAGCUCCAUCCAUGUUGUUACAAAUGGCACGAUUUCUUUCUUUCUUAUGGCUGGAUAGUAUUCCAUUGUAUAUAUGUACCACAUCUUCUUUAUCCAUUCAUCUACUGAUGGACACUUAGGUUCCUUCCAUAUCAUGGCUAUUGUAAAAAGUGCUGCGAUAAACAUAGGGGUGCAUAUGUCUUUUUGAAUCUGAGAAGUUGUAUUCUUUGGGUAUAUUCCAAGGUGUGGGAUUCCAGGGUCAAACGGUAUUUCUAUUGCUAGUUAUUUGAGGAACCUCCAUAUUGCUUUCCACAAUGGUUGAACUAGCUUACAUUCCCACCAUCAGUGUAGGAGGGUCCCCCUUUCUCUGCAUCCUCGCCAACAUUUGUUGUUCUUAGUCUUUUCGAUGCUGGCCAACCCUCCUUGUGUGAGAUGAUAUCUAAUUGUGGUUUUAAUUUGAAUUUCCCUGAUGAUUAGUGAUGUAGAGCAUCUUUUCAUGUGUCUGUUGGCCAUCUGUAUUUCUUCUUUGGAGAACAGUCUCUUCAUAUCCUCUGCCCAUUUGUUAAUCGGGUUAUUUGCUUUUUGGGUGUUGAGGUGUGUAGGUUCUUUAUAUAUUUUGGAUGUUAACCCCUUGUCGGAUAUGUCAUUUACCAAUAUAUUCUCCCAUAUUGUAGGAUGCCUUUUUGUUUUGUUGAUGAUAUCCUUUGCUGUACAAAAACUUUUUAGUUUGAUGUAGUCCCAUGAGUUCAUUUUUGCUUUUGUUUCCCUUUCUCAAGGAGAUGGGUUCAGGAAGAAGUUCUCAUGCUUAUAUUCAGGAGAUGUUGCCUGUUGUCUUCUAAGAGUUUUAUGGUUUCAUGACUUACAUUCAAGUCUUUAAUCCAUUUCGAUUUUACUUUUGUGUAUGGGGUUAAACAAUAAUCCAGUUCAUUCUCUUGCAUGUUGCUGUCCAGUUUUGCCAACACCAGCUGUUGAAGAGACUGUCAUUUGUCAUUUCCCCAUUGUAUGUCCACAGCUCCUUUAUCAUAUUAAUUGGCCAUAUCUGGUUGGGUUUAUAUCAGGGCUCUCUAGUCUGUUCCAUUGGUCUAUGGGUCUGUUCUUGUGCCAGUACCAAAUUGUCUUGAUUACUGUGGCUUUGUAGUAGAGCUUGAAGUUGGGGAGCGUAAUUCCCCUUGCUUUAUUCUUCCUUCUCAGGAUUGCUUUGGCUAUUCGAGGUCUUUUGUGGUUCCAUAUGAAUUUUAGGAUGAUUUUCUUUAGUUCGUUGAACAAUGCUGUUGGUAUUUUAAUAGGAAUUGCUUUGAAUCUAUAGAUUGCUUUAGGUAGGAUGGCCAUUUUGACAGCAUUAAUUCUUCCUAUCCAUGAGCAUGGGAUGUGUUUCCAUUUAUUGGUAUCUUCUUUAAUUUCUCUCAUGAGUGUCUUCUAGUUUUCAGAGUAUAGGUCUUUCACUUCCUUGGUUAGGUUGAUUCCUAGGUAUUUUAUUCUUUUUGAUGCAAUUGUGAAUGGAAUUGUUUUCCUGAUUUCUCUCUGCUAGUUCAUUGUUAGUGUAUAGGAAAGCAACAGAUUUCUGUGUAUUAAUUUUGUGUCCUGCACCUUUGCUGAAUUCAGAUAUUAGAGAUCUAGUAGUUUUGGAGUGGAUUUCUUAGGGUUUUUUAUGUACAAUAUCAUGUUAUCUGCAAACAGGGACAGUUUAACUUCUUCCUUGCCAAUCUGGAUGCCUUUUAUUUCUUUGUGUUGUCUGAUUGCUGUGGCUAGGCCCUCGAGUACUAUGUUGAAUAGAAGUGGGAAGAGUGGGCAUCCUUGUCUUGUUCCCAAUCUUAAAGGAAAAGCUUUCAACUUCUCGCUGUUAAGUAUAAUGUUGGCUGUGGGUUUGUCAUAUAUGGCCUAUAUUAUGUUGAGGUACUUGCCCUCUAUUCCCAUUUUGUUGAGAGUUUUUAUCAUGAAUGGAUGUUGAAUUUUGUCAAAUGCUUUUUCAGCGUCUAUGGAGAUGAUCAUGUUGGUUUUGUCCUUUUUGUUGAUGUGGUGGAUGAUGUUGAUGGAUUUUCGAAUGUUGUACCAUCCUUGCAUCCCUGGAAUAAAUCCUACUUGAUCAUGAUGGAUGAUCUUUUUGAUGUAUUUUUGAAUUCGGUUUGCUUAUAUGUUGUUGAGUAUUUUUGUAUCUAUGUUCAUCAGGGAUAUUGGUCUGUAAUUUUCUUUUUUUGUGGUGUUUUUGCCUGGUUUUGAUAUUAGAGUGAUGCUGGCCUCAUAGAAUGAGUUUGGAAGUAUUCCCUCCUCUUCUAUUUUUUGGAAAACCUUAAGGAGAAUGGGUAUUAAGUCUUCACUAAAUGUUUGAUAAAAUUCAGCGGUGAAGCCAUCUGGUCCAGGCAUUUUGUUCUUAGGUAGGUUUUUGAUUACCAGUUCAAUUUCAUUGUUGGUAAUUGGUCUGUUCAGAUUUUCUGUUUCUUCCUUGGUCAGCUUUGGAAGGUUGUAUUUUUCUAGAAAGUUGUCCAUUUCUUCUAGGUUAUCCAGUCUGUUAGCAUAUAAUUUUUCAUAGUAUUCUCUAAGAAUUCUUUGUGUUUCUAUGAUGUCCUUAGUGAUUUUUCCUUUCUCAUUUCUGAUUCUGUUUAUUUGUGUAGACUCUCUUUUUUUCUUGGUAAGUCUGGCUAGGGGUUUAUCUAUUUUGUUUAUUUUCUCGAAGAACCAGCUCUUGCUUUCAUUGAUUCUUUCUAUUGUUUUAUUCUUCUCAAUUUCAUUUAUUUCUGCUCUAAUCUUUAUUAUGUCCCUCCUUCUACUGACUUUGGGCCUCAUUUGUUGUUCUUUUUCUAGUUUCAUUAAUUGUGAGUUUAGACUGCUCAUAUGGGAUUGUUAUUCUUUCUUGAGGUCAGCCUGUAUUGCAAUAUACUUUCCUCUUAGCACGGCCUUUGCUGCAUCCCACAGAUUUUGCAGUGUUGAAUUAUUGUUGUCAUUUGUCUCCAUUUAUUGCUUGAUCUCUGUUUUUAUUUGGUCAUUGAUCAAUUGGUUAUUUAGGAGCAUGUUGUGAAGCCUCCAUGUGUUUGUGGGAUUUUUCAUUUUCUUUGCUUAAUUUAUUUCUAGUUUCAUACCUUUGUGGUCUGAGAAACUGGUUGGUACAAUUUCAAUCUUUUUGAAUUUACGUAGGCUCUUUUUGUGGCCAAUAAUGAUUUAUUCUUGAGAAUGUGUAUUCUCUUGCUUUUGGGUGGAGAGUUCUGUAGAUGUCCAUUAGGUCCAUCUGUUCUAUUGUGUUGUUCUGUGCCUCUGUCUCCUUACUUAUCUUCUGUCUGGUUGAUCUGUCCUUUGGAGUGAGUGGAGUGUUGAAGUCUCCUAGAAUGAAUGCAUUGCAUUCUAUUUCCUGCUUUAAUUCUGAUAGUAUUUGUUUCACAUAUGUGGUUGCUCCUGUGUUGGGAGCAUAGAUAUUUAUAAUGGUUAUAUCUUCUUGUUGGAUUGACCCUUUAUCAUUAUGUAAUGUCCUUUUUUGUCUCUUGUUACUUUCUGUGUUUUGAAGUCUAUUUUGUCUGAUAUAAGUACUGCAACUCCUGCUUUUUUCUGUUAGUUACAUGAAAUAUCUUUUUCCAUCCCUUCACUUUUAGUCUGUGUAUGUCUUUGGGUUUAAAGUGAGUCUCUUGCAAGCAGCAUAUAGAUGGGUCGUGUUUUUUUAUCCAUUCAGUCACUCUAUGUCUUUUGAUUGGUGCAUUCAAUCCAUUUACAUUUAGGGUGAUAAUCAAUAGGUAUGUACUUAUUGCCAUUACAGGCUUUAGAUUCGUGGUUACCAAAGGUUCAAGGUUAAUUUCCUUACUAUCUAAGAGUCUAACUUAACUCACUUAGGAUGCUGUUACAAACACAAUCUAAAGGUUCUUUUCUUUUUCUCCUCCUUUUUCUUCCUCCUCCACUCUUUAUAUAUUAGGUAUCAUAUUCUGUAUUCUUUGUCUAUCCCUUGAUUGACUUUGGGGAUAGUUAAUUUAAUUUUGCAUUUGCUUAGUAAUUAGCUGUUCUACUUUCUUUACUGUGGUUUUAUUUCCUCUGGUGACAGCUAUUAAACCUCAGGAACACUUCCAUCUAUAGCAGUCCCCCCAAAAUAGACUGUAGAGAUGGUUUGUGGGAGGUAAAUUCUCUCAGCUUUUGCUUAUCUGGAAAUUGUUUAAUCCCUCCUUCAAAUUUAAAUCAUAAUUUCACCAGAUAAAGUAAUCUUGGUUCCAGGCCCUUCUGCUUCAUUGCAUUAAACACAUCAUGCCAUUGCCAUCUGGCCUGUAAGGUUUCUGCUGCGAAAUCUGAUGUUAGCCUGAUGGGCUUUCCUUUGUAUAUGAUCUUAUUUCUCUCUCUGGCGCUUUUAAUAGUCUGUCCUUAUCCUUGAUCUUUCCCAUUUUAAUUACUGUAUGUCUUGGUGUUGUCUUCCGUGGGUCCCUUGUGUUGGGAGAUCUGUGGAUCUCCAUGGCUGAGAGAAUAUCUCCUUCUCCAGACUGGGGAAGUUUGCAGCAACUACCUCCUCAAAGACAGUUUCUAUCCCUUCUCUCUCUCUUCUUCUUCUGGUAUCCCUGUAAUGCGAAUAUUGUUCCGUUUGGAUUGGUCACACAGUUCUCUCAAUAUUCUUUCAUUCUUAGAGAUCCUUUUUUUCUCUCUGUGCCUCAGCUUCUUUGUAUUCCUCUUCUCUAGUUUCUAUUUGAUUUAUCGUCUCCUCCACCAUAUCCAACCUGCUUUUAAUACCCUCCAUUGUGCUCUUCAACAAUUGGAUCUCUGACCGGCAUUCAUUCCUGAGUUCUUGGAUAUCUUUCCGUACCUCCAUUCGCAUGUUGAUGAUUUUUAUUUUGAACUCCCUUUUAGGAAGAGUCAUAAGGUCCAUGUCAUUUAAAUCUUUCUCUGGAGUUAUAUUAAUUUUACUCUGGACCAGUUUCCUUUGACGUUUCAUAUUUGUAUAUGGCGUCCUCUAGUGUCCAGAAGCUCUACUCUGGAGCUGCUCAGCCCCUGAAGCAAUGUCGGUGGUAGCAGGGGAGCAGUAUUGGUGCCUGAGGGGAGGAAAGAGCUGUUUCCUGCUUCCCAGCUGCUGUGCUUGCCUGAGCCAGUGGGUUGAGCACACAGGUAUAAGCUUUUGUCCCAGAGCAGCCAGAUUUGGAUCCCUGCUUUCCACAAGCAGCUGGAAUUUCAAUCUCUCCAGGAAUUCUACCUGUAUUAGCUUUCCAGUCCCGUAAUCAUGUGAGUCUCAUGAAAGCACCAUGAAAUGUAGGUUUGUGUUCCCAGAGCAGAUCUCCGGAGCUAGGUAUUCACCAGUCCCAGGCCUCCACUCCCUCCCUGCUCCGUUUCUCUUCCACCGGUGAGCUGGGGUGGUGGAAGGGCUCAGGUCCUGCAGAGCCACAGCUCUGGUACGUUAACCCGUUCAGUGAGGUCUGCUCUUUUCUGGAGGUGUGUGCAGUCUGACUCUGUCCUCUUUCCUGUUGCUUUCUCAGGAUUAGUUGCACCAACUAUAUUUUCUAUUUGUAUACAGUUUUAGGAGGAACUUCUGUCUCUCCUCUCAUGCCGCCAUCCUUAAUCCUCCCUCUGUUUUGCAACCUUGAAGAUUUUUAAUGUAUUUUUGUUAUGGCUGUUCUUUCCCCUAAGUAAGAUGACUUAGUAUUACUGAUUUUAAUUUUGUUCCAAGAAAAUUGUGAUAAAACAGGCCCAAGCAAGCAAGAAGUGGUUCCUCCUAAGCACACAUGUACGUGCACCUAUCAGCACCAUGUUCCAUUUAGUUGGGGUCCUGCUGUUGAGACCUGGUCUACCCAUCAGCUUUGUGGCACACCUUUGAGGUCAGGCACGGGAGGCAGAAAGCCCUGCCGACCUAGGAGGUUUUGUGACCACUCCUGUGGUCCCUCCCUUGGGCAGGUCCUCUGCACAAGGAUAUGGCGUGUUGGCUUCUAGCAGUUGUUGUCCGGCCAGAGUCCCCAUUUGCAUCAAGAGGUAUGACUUUGCUUCUGAGGCUGUGAUGGGGAGCCUUUUGUGAUGGAUGGUGCCUGCACUCAUGGGUUUCCUUUGUACCUGUACCUGCUGGACGUGUUGACACACAGAAGAGUCACCAGGAUGUCUCGGCCAGUUUUAAAUGUGAAGUGUGUCUCUGCAUGUGGGGGGCGCUGCACGGAAGCCUGUUUCUUCUGUGAGCUCCCCUCCCUCGUGUUCAAGAUGCUGCUUGUGUUCUAACUCUAGUUUCUAACUCUAGUGGCUGGCUAACUGCUGUCUACUUAUGCCUCCAGGAACAUGACCUUAGGACAUUUGAUCUCCAAGGGAGGAAAGGUCUGUGGGGUCCCAGGGACAGGGAUGCGUGAUUCUGGCACAGCGCUGCUAUUCCUGUUCCUGUUCCACACCAACCUGUGUUAACACUGAUAAGGGCAGGUCCGUCACACUUGGACUUCUGGAAGCCAAAGCCACGCCUUACCAUUGUCAGAGGUAGGCAUACCUGGGGGGGGGGGGUGUUUGCUCAGAAGCUCUGCCUCAAGGUCAGCUCAGGGCCCCUGGCCUCCCAGCCAGAGACCAGGAGGGGGUGAGCAGAACAGCUGUCCCGUGGGGCCCAUCACAGGAAGGGCAAUGGGGAGCAUGUCACUUGAGUCAUUUCUUCAUGAAGAAGUAAAGUUGGCUUCACUGAACUAGUGGUUAAACUCCAGGAUUUAAAUUUUGGUUAAAAUCUGACUUUUCAGUGUGGCAAUUUUAAAGGACUGCUUGAUGCCAAGUAUGUUUCUUUUCAAAGGGAUCUUACAGUGGUACUAGGACUGAGCCACUCUGGGCAGAGCCAGUUGCUGAGCCUGAGAGGCUGCCCCCCACCCCCUACCCCUUUGGAGAGUGGGAACCUAUGAGAAGUCAUGUCUGUAAAUCUUAAUGGUGGGGAGCCCUCUGCAGUGAGGCGAAUCUCUUCAAGAGUUUUCAUUUUAGGUUUUUCUCUAGUAAUAAGUCAAUAAACUUCACUAAAACAUUUUUUUUUGGUAUCAUUGAUCUACAGUUACAUGAGGAACAUUAUGUUUACUAGACUCCCCCCUUCACCAAGUUCCCCCACAUACCCCAUUGCAGUCACUGUCCAUCAGCGUAGUAAGAUGCUGUAGAAUCACUACCUGUCCUCUCUGUGCUGUACAGCCUUCCCCAUGCCCCCUGCAUUAUGCAUGCUAAUCGUAAGGCCCCCUUUCUUCUUCCCCCUUCUCCCUCCCUUCCCACCCGUCCUCCCCGGUCCCUUUCCCUUUGGUAACUGUUAGUCCAUUCUUGGGUUCUGUGAGUCUGCUGCUGUUUUGCUCCUACAGUUUUUUCUUUGUUCUUACACUCCACAGAUGAGUGAAACCAUUUGAUACUUGUCUUUCUCCACCUGGUCAAUAAAACAUUUUUAAAAACACUUUCCAGAAAAUAGAGGUAUCAGUGCCCCUUACUACUUUUUCAGGCCCAUCACUUUCAAGGCUGGGCAGUAAAACACCUGAGGUUUUCUCCAUCACCCCAGCCCCUUAAAGCAGUUGGGCUAGGAAACCUGACCAGACUGGCAGUUACACAGUGGUGACUUCCAGAAGCCCUGCUUAGACAUGAGCAAAGGCUUCGUAGUGCUUGGGGCGCUCUGGUCAGUGUGCUGUCCUCUGCCUCACCAUUCCCCUAGGGACUGUGCUCCUCCAGUGGGGUCUUUGGGUUUAGAAGUUGGGACUUUGCCAUAAUUUUCUGCAAUGGCUGCAGUUACACAUUGCACCAGAAUUUGGAAGUGAACCGUAAUAGCUCACCUGUCAUUUUCCAUCUACCUUUUAACUUCCUUGUUGCUAUAUUCAAAGUAUAGUAGAUUUCAAUCCCAAACAAACAGUAAAUCCCAUUUCAAAAUCCUAGGAAGGCCAGUAGAUUCUACCCAAAGCACCAGGGUCACUGCACUUCAGUGACGUGUUUCUGGAAGCUAGGAGUGGUCUUGGUGAUCUUGCAUGCAAACUGCCCACCCACUUGUGCCAGGGCUGGCUGCAUGCCCCACGCCCAGGCCUGAUGCUGCAUGGCAGGCCAGCUGCCCAUGAGUCUGCUCAGCUGGUGGGGGAUGCACCGCUGGGCAGGUUUGGAUGGCCUUCAGAGGAACUGAUCCCCCAAGCCAGCAAUCAGGUUUUACUUCCUGUCUCCCUAGAAAGUUCAGAAGAAAGUGCCUUGGUACUGGAAGCAAACCAGCCAGCUUUCUGGCCUUUGCCCAAUACUGUGGUAGAAAGUGAUAAAACUGGAAUGAACCUUUCAAAGGUAUAUGGUAUUAACAGCUGCCAAAGGGAAAAAGCACCAGAUUCCUACUGCUGGCUGGAAGCACAGCCAGUUUCAGCUGAUAAGGUUUGAGCCCUUCUCUCCGUAGAUCACUGACCUAAUCUGGCCCUGUCUAUUAAGGUCUAGCUAUGGCCAUAGGAAGGAGGAAGUGGGGGUGGAGAGGGGGCUGGAAUGAGCACCUGGCAGUGAAUUAACCUGCUGGUAUGGGGCCCUGGCUUCCUGGGAGUGACUAUUCAGCUCCUAAGUGGAGGCUAAAACAGGGCUUUUAGAGAUUUUCCUUUUUCCUCAGUUGGAGAGGAUUCAAGCCCCUGAAUGUAAGACUUUUGGCAGAAUAGCUCCCAAAUGGAAGGCAGUGAGGUGGAGACCCCACUCCUGCUGGAGUAAAUGCCACCAGGUGUUCAAUCCCAAGGGCACCUUCCAGGUAGGAGCCCAGGAUGGCUAACACUGGCUGAUCGGGUUAAAAUAAAUGCUACCUUUAAGGUUGCAGUGAAAGGCAUAGUCUGUGAGGAAUUCAUGUUAGUUAUCUUUUGGAAAGCUGUUUUGUUACUGCAUGUUCCUCUGUCCCUGUGUGUGAAUGUGAGUCCUACCACCACAUGAGCUACGGUCAUUGUUACAAUGGCUGACGGCGAGAACGGUGGACAUGUGCGUGACAGCAGCUCCUAGAGGCAGCUGCACUGGGGUUUAACCAGAGAAAAUGCCAAACAAAUAGUAUGAAGUAUACUUUUUAAGAAAUUAAUUUAUUUGAGUUCGGAUAUUUUUGAAAUACAAAAAUUGGUUGUAUUUUUUAAAGCUCUAAUUCUUGUAGACAUUCUGUGGUUAAAAAUUUGUGCUUAUUAAAAACAGUCACCUAUGUUUUGCACUUCAGCUUUGUGAAAAAUAAAGUUUCUUUGUGAA